CCUUCACUUCCACAUCCAAAAACAGUCCAAUACAAUUAUACAAACAAACUUCAUCUUCAACAAAACAAUGAGCACACAACUCUCAAACAUGCUCUCAAAAGCUCUACCAUUCCUCCGUGGAGACCUUCAAACCAUAGAUCCAUCACUUCCCAAUCUCAUCACCCUCCUCCAGUCUUCCGGCGCCGGCGAGUGCUGGCACAAAGACGGCUGUUUCUUAUCCCACCUCACCGACGUUUACCGCAUUCUCAAGCUCUGGAAUGCUCCUAACUCCAUUGCUCUUUGUGGUCUUUUCCAUUCUGUUUACUCAAACUCUUAUGUUAAUCUUGCUCUCUUCGACAUCAACUCCGAUGGCCGUGAAACUCUCCGUGGACUGAUCGGCGUCGAGGCCGAAAGACUUGUUCAUCUUUUCUGCAUUGUUGAUAGGCAGACACUCAUUCAUGAUGAUAUCAUUUUUAAGUAUUCUGAUGAUGAACUUGUUUAUCAUCUUCAGUGUUCUGAAGAGUCUGUGAUUAAGGUCAGGGAGACUGGAAUUUCAAAUAGUAAUGAACAGUGGCGUCAGAAACUGCAGUCUAUUCUUCCUGCUCAAGGAAUAAAAGUGAAGCACAUUAAAACAGGAGAAGAAGUGCAUCUAUCAAGAAGAAUGGUAGCAGCAUUUGUGCUCAUGACAAUGGCGGAUUUCAGUGAUCAAUACUAUUCCUUUCAAGAUGAACUCUUUGAUAACGAAAAUGGUCGAUUAGAGUUCACCGGAAACAAAUUCACCGCACUCUGGCCCGGCGACGGCCGGCCGGGACUAUGGAUGAACUCCAUAUCAAGAAUGGGAGCUAUCUAUAAUCUCAUUGUAAGAGAAGAAAACAUCUUUAUUCAAGAAACAAUAACACAAAAAUCACAAGAUUAUAACGAUAGAGACGACGACUUGGAAUUAGUAAUUCCGCCGGUUUUUCAGUAUUGCACAAAACUAUUGGAUACAGAAAAACAGAAAGCAGCAAGAGACUUGUAUUGGGAUGUCAUGAUAAAUCAUAAUAGAAUGGAGACAGUGGAGAUGAUGCUGAAAGAGAGUUGUGAGAAGAAUCGGUACGUCGGCGAGCCGUAUUUGGUGCUCGGGCAAGUUUAUGUGAGUACAGGAAGGUUCGAGGAGGCGGAGAAGGUGGCAGAAGAAGGGUUGAGGUUGAUAAUGGAGUGGGGGAGUUCAUGGGAUAAGAGGAUGAGUUGGGAAGGGUGGAUUGCAUGGGGAAGGCUUAUAUUGAUGAAUGCUAAGAAUAAGAGUUGGCCUAAAAGUUCUUGGGGGAUACUUAACCUUGGUCUUGUGAGGUGAGCCUUUUCUUUGUGUGUAUGCUUUGUGUUUUCAAUGCUUUGUGUGCUUGAGAGUUUGUUUGGUCAAUAAGAGAGUUUGGUUGUGUUGUGUGUAAAUAAUAAAAAUAAAUUAUAUAUAUAUAUAUAUAUAUAUAUAUAUAUAU